AUGUAUAAUAAGAACAUUGAAUAUGAUAUGAAGAAAGCUAAUAAGACGCUCUUACAAGAAACACCUCAAUCUGACAAAGAGAAUAUUGAAGUAGCACAAUUAACAGAAGCAUUCGAAAAUCUUAAGCUAUGUCGCAUGAUGGAUUGUUCUUUAAAUGAAUUAGAAGAAGUUAAAAAAAUGGUAAACAAACUUACCAAGACGGUAAAUGAUGUGAUGAAGAGCUUGAGGUCGCGAAGAAACUCUGAAUCACGUAGAUGCUUUACGUGUCAGAAAAUAGGCCACAUUUCUUGUAACUGCCCUAAUAAGCAACAAGAUAAGGGCGGAAUCGUAAAAGAGAAAGAAUCUAUUGUUGAGGAUUGUUUGAGGAUUGAAAUUGAUUCUGAUCAUGCAGUUUUUGAUAUAAAACCAUUGGAAAAAUGGCAUUAUAUCGAGGUUGAAAAUACUCACAAUAAAAAAGAGAAAACUGUUAGUAAAAAUGACAUGAUGGCAAUACCUCAACCCCCAAGUAUAAGUGAUGUAUUGAAAGAAGCUAUAAACAAAGACGAAAUUGAAGUCAGAGAAGUCUUACCUAUAAAUGACCAAGAGUUAAUGAAUACCGAUGAAAGAGAUGAUAGAACAAUCCAGGGAUUAGUUAGAUGUACUGGUCAUUAUGAGAUUAACAAAAAAGAAUUGGUUCAAUAUUGA